UUUUCUUUUUUUGGUUUCUCUUUUUUUAAUUAAAUUUUUUUUUUUUUAAACCUUACCUCUGUCUGCGUGUACUUUUUUUUUUAAUUUUUUUUAUCUCGGCCACCAUCCUUCCUUUACUCUUCUUUUUAACGUUACCUUUAUUUUGAGUCUGUGUAAAACGAUACCGAUAAAUAGUUAUUGUUUCUAAGAGAAAAAUUAUUUAAUAAUAUAAUGUCCGACAUUUGUAAUUCAAUAUCGUCUGACGGAAUAGCGUAUAUACAGUGGAUACAUACAAUUUUUGGUUCUUGCAUAUAUAACAGCCAGGAAGCAGUUAGUGUUUUUUUGGGAUAUUUAACUCUAGCAUGUUGGCUGAACGCUCAACUUCCACAAAUUAUAACAAAUUAUAAAAAUAAAUCGGUAGAAGGACUUAGUUUACCGUUUCUUGUAAAUUGGCUACUAGGUGAUAUUACCAAUUUAUUGGGAGGGAUAUUGACAAAGCAAUUAAAAUUUCAAAUAUAUCUCGCCGCAUAUUUUUGUACCGUAGAUCUUUUUCUAUUUUUUCAAUAUUUUUAUUAUACAUGGUUCCGAAUUUCAACAAUAAUAACUGAAUCUGGUGAGGAUAUACCGGUUAGACCUCUAUCUAUUCAGUCGUUUAAAGACUCUAUACUAGAAGGUGCAAAAAAGAGUUACACUUUUCCUACAAGAAAGAAUCAUUCCCAUCAACGACUAUCGUCAAUGGUAUUUGCUGUACUUCUCUUCACAUUUCAUUCUACUUCCUCCAUAUCGUCGUCUUUUUCCACAUCUCUACCAUAUCAUUCCACCAUUCAUGAUGAUGAAAUGUCAUUUGGCGGAUAUAUAAAAUCUUUUUUUGAACGUAAUUAUGAGUCCAUAGGAAGAAUUAUGGCUUGGAUUUGCACAGUAUUAUAUUUGACUAGUAGAAUGCCACAAAUAUGGAAAAAUUAUACAAGAAGAUCAGUCGAAGGACUUUCUGUUUUUAUGUUUAUAUUCGCAGUCCUUGCCAAUUUGUCUUAUACCACAUCAAUCAUCGUAAAUCCGGAAUCAAGAACGAACCCAGACUAUUUUCGCAGAGAAAUUCCCUAUAUAUUAGGAUCCAUUGGCACAUUAGUAUUUGAUGGUACAAUACUUGUACAAUGGUAUAUUUUACGUGAUCCAGAGCACCGACAUAGAAGACGAAGAAGUAAACGCUCUGUCAGUUAUGGUAGUGAUAAUAUAGGGUAUCAUCAAUUACCGAUGGAUAAUGAAAAUUAUAGUAAUAGAAGAAGAAGUGGUCAAAUAGACGGUGGAAAUUUUGUUUAAGAUAUUCUUUGUUUGGAGUUUAUAAGACUUGUAGUUCUGAGUCGAUUAUAAUUUUUAUUUUAUUUUAUUUUUUAAUUUCUAUUUUAUUAUGAUAAUUAUAUAUGGUGGCCGAGAUUUAUUGUUUUACAUAUAGCUACUACAAAACUUUAAUGGAAAAAAAAUCCACACUUACGAUAUUCGGUGAAGAUUCAUGAAAUUCCACUCAGAUUUUUCGUUGACAAAAAAAAAGCAUUUCAAAAAUUUUUUUUUUAUUCAUUGUUUUUUUUUUCUUGUAAUAUUUUACAUUUCCAUCCCAGCAUUUUCCCUUUUUUUCUCAAUUACUAUGCAGAAAAUUAUCCCCCUUUCUUUAUUAUUAC